AUGCUGAGCGAAGCGAGUAAGGAUGCUUUCACAAAACUGGAAUGCUUGUCGUUCAGCGACGCAGUCGAGCGCAGUGGCGACAGGUUUGACGGGGUCACCCUACCUCGUGGUUUAAAGAGCGUGGUCUUCGGUAGAUGGUGCUAUCAGCAUGUCGACAAAGUUUUGUGGGCGGCAUCCCUGAAGCAGAUAACCUUUGGCAACACGUUCAACCGCUCGAUCAAGAGAAUAGUCUGGCCAACAUCGCUGGAACGAGUUGUAUUUGGAUGGAACUUCAACCAGCCAGUGGAAGGGGUCCAUUGGCCAGCGUCACUACGACAGCUCAACCUCGGCGAAUGCUUCAACCACCCGGUUGAAGAGGUCGCGUGGCCGUCAUCACUGGAAGAAAUCGUGUUCCCGGGAAGCUUCGACCAGCCAAUUACAAGGGUCAAGUGGCCAGCGUCAUUGCGACAUCUCAAGUUUGGGUCUGGCUUCAAUCAGCCAAUUCACCAGCGAGUGACUGGGUGGGACACAGCUGUAGGACCUGCCACGGCUAUCGACGGGGCAAGGAACAAACGACGCGGGGAGUACACCGUGUCAAGACCAGCAUCAGCGCGGGUGAACGUUCGCAGCACGAUGAUGAUUGAAGGGCAGAGGGUCGAUGCCGCGAGGAUCCUACAUAGCAUCGCUUCGCCGCCUGAUCGGAGGGUAAGCAAGCAUCCGACCGAGUUGCUGGUCAUCAAAUACCCCGACAUCCUCGCCCAUGCUCUUCUGGUGUAGUUUUCGCUGGAGAACCUGUUUUGUCCUUGAUAGGUUGGCGGAAUCGCGUGGAAGGCUGUGGGGAACCACAUCACUAGGUGGCUGAGUACGAACCUGUUUUGACGAGUCUUGACUCCAGCAGAGCGGAUGGACUGACAUUCGAUCUCAUUACGUAGGCGCUCUUCGGUGGGAUACGUACGCGCUCGGGCUUGUUCUGUGAACAUAAAUGCCGUAAAUAGAGGUGUAAAAGGUUGAUAUUCGGGGUGGACGAGACUGCGGUCAUUCAUCGAAAAUCUCCAUCGAUGAAUUGACGAGUUCGCUAUGUCGUGGUUUCUGUGACAAGAACAACCAGUACCAGGUCUGUCGUACGUGUAUGCAAGAGAGCAACAUGGGUGUCAUCAUCACUCAACCCUUCCCUUGCUGUAUUGCCGUAGAACUCCAAUAAUCAAAUAUCUCUUGAGAUUGAUUGGUCUCGAACGGUUAACGUCUUUCUGUGGCGUUACGUUCACUGUUAAUAAGAGAAAAAACGCGUCAUA